AUGUCAACAACGCCUCCCCUCGUCAACGGAUCCGAAGCGGGCCCGGAUGGAGCGUCCGAAGUCCAGGAUGGAGCGUCCGAGGUCCAGGAUGGAGCGUCCGAGGUCCAGGAUGGAGCGUCCGAGGUCCAGGAUGGAGCGUCCGAGGUCCAGUCACUGGCCGAGCUCAGGCAGCUGGCCCCGGCCGAGCGCAAGGUCUUCUUUCGGCGGUUCCUGGUACACAACGACAUCAUCGUGGUCGACCACGCUGACGUGGAUGUCUACUUGAGCCCUCGCCUUUCCGCGGCACAGAAUCUGCGGAAGCAGAGCUACGUGGGCGGUGACGAGGUCGGCGCAGAGCUGGUCAAGGCGGCCAACGAGGUCUACUACGGCGAAAACGAGUUCAAGGUGCAGCUACACUGCCUUGGCGACUUUAUCCGCAACGCUGGAGGCGACGAGGAUCCGCCGGCCCCCAUAGCACCCUUGGUCCAGAAGAAGUUCACCAUCGAGAUGGAGUUACACGAUAUCUGGCACAGUGCCGAGGUCGGAGGAGUGUUCCACGGCCCGGACAACGACAAUAUUGACUACAACGAUGAGGAAAACGGAGACUUGGCCCGAUGGACGCGAGGCAAGCUGCGAUACGCGUUCCUCUUGACCAACGUCGAGUCGAUCCACGUCAUGCUGCUCGGCGCCGGGCUGAUCGACGGCAGCGACCUGGCGACGCACCAAACCAUCAAGGAGAUUUCGUCCAUGGUGCGCAAGCUGAUUGUGCAGUUUGGCAGCCGGUUCGACAUCUCCAAGCGACUGACCAGGGGCCACAACCUCGAACGGAGCAUAAAGUCGUACUGGGACGCGCCGUCGGACGAGGCGAGGAUGAGUGUGAGGAACGGGCACGCGACGACCGAGGAGAUGAUGCGGGUUGAGAUUGCGCGGUGGUUGGACGAGGACAAGCGGGAGCCCGGGCCGGACGGGGAGUGGGAUAGACUGGUGUGA